AGAAUUAUCAAAACAGGUGGUGUGUAUGUAGGAAGAAAACAUUCUGUACUGAGGUUGUGUGUGUUAACAACAAUAAUAAUAUGAUGUGUGAAUAUCAUGUAAAAGCAGGUAUUCACACCGGUGCUAUAAUGACUCAGUCACAGAGCCCCCAGGGGGCAGCCUCCUCUUACACUAUCUAAUCCAGAACCCCCCCAUGACUCAGGACGGACAUAUUUCCCAUGAAGCAAAGUGUCAGCUGUCUGUGAGUGGGUGGACGCUCCUGGGGAGUGGGCAGGGUUGGGUUUGAAGCGUGGAUAUUGCAUUUCGUGUUCCAGAAUGAAGCCCAUAGCUCCACACCGAGCACCCACACUAUAAAUAACCUGCCAGUUGGAGCUCAGUUGAAGGGUCAGGACAGCUGAGGAAGAGGGCCGUCCUGGGGUUCAGCUGGUGUGGGCUGACAGCAGACUGACUGUGCCUCUGAAUCCCCAUUCCAGGCUGGAAACUAGAACUACUUAACUAAAAAGAAGAUCCUCUUUUGUUUGAUUUGAAGCCCCUGAAAGGCUCUUCAAACUCCCCCCUGCCAGGAACGAUGGCUGCACCGAUAAAUCCCAUGGACGAACCCAGGGUGUACCAGCAGACGCUGCUGCAGGACGGCCUGUACGACCUGCUGGAGAAUGACAAGCUGGUAGACUGCGUCUUGAAGAUCAAAGACAAGGAGUUCCCCUGCCACCGGCUGGUCCUGUGCGCCUGCAGCUCGUACUUCCGUGCCAUCUUUCUGUCUGACUUGGACGAGAGCAAAAAGAAAGAGGUCGUCUUGGAGGAUGUGGAGCCGGGUGUCAUGGGACUGAUCCUCAAGUACCUCUACACCUCCAAAAUCAAUGUGACGGAACAGAAUGUCCAGGAUAUCUUUGCAGUGGCUAAUGUGUAUCAGAUCCCCUCGAUUUUCACUGUUUGUGUGUCUUUCCUACAAAAGCGCCUGAGCCUCAGCAACUGCCUGGCUAUCUUCAGACUCGGCCUGAUGCUGGACUGUCCCAGGUUGGCUGUCUCUGCUCGAAACUAUGCCUGCGAGCGCUUCCAGCUCAUCUCCAGAGAUGAGGACUUCCUCCAGCUGCAGCCCAGUGAGUUGGCGGCCAUUUUAACAAACGACAAUCUGAACGUGGAGACGGAGGAGGCGGUGUUCGAGACUCUGAUGAGCUGGGUGUCCCGGGACGCAGAGAACAGAGAGAAAGAGCUGCCGGAUUUACUCGACUGCAUCCGUUUGCGUCUGGUAAACGAGGAUUACCUGAAGGAGAAAGUGGAGAAACACAAACUGAUCUCGUCAAAUCCAGACUUGCUGCAGAAAAUCCAGCUGGUCAGGGAUGCUCACGCCGGGAAAAUGCCGGAGGUCAAGACAACCAGAAGCAAGAAGGAGGAGGGUGGAGCAGAGAAGGAUGGAGACAGAGAGAACGAGGAUAAUGAGGAGGAAGAAGCCCUCCUCCCAGGAAUCCUGAAUGACAACCUGCGAUUUGGCAUGUUUGUCAGGAACUUAAUACUGAUGGUGAACGACACAGGGGCCGUGGCUUACGAUCCGACGGGGAACGACUGCUUCGUAGCAACACUUUCCACGCAGGUUCCCAAGAACCACACCAGUCUGGUCACCAGGGAGAACCAGAUCUUUGUGGCCGGAGGGUUAUUCCUUGAUGAGCAGAACAAAGAAGAUCCACUGUGCUCUUAUUUCCUACAGUAUGACCCGGUCAGCGCUGAUUGGCUGGGGAUGCCUCCUGUCCCGUCUCCUCGCUUCCUGUUCGGGCUGGCCGAGGCCGAGAACUCCAUCUUCGUGUUGGGAGGGAGGGAGCUGAAGGAGCAGGAGCCCAUGCUGGACUCUGUCCUGGUCUACGACAGACAAUCUUUCAAAUGGGGCGAAUCGGACCCAAUUCCCUAUCCUGUCUAUGGACAUGCAACAGUAUCCCAUAAUGAUGUUGUUUAUGUGAUUGGAGGAAAGGGAGACAGCAAGAGCUGUCUGAGGCAGAUGUGCGCUUAUGACGCCAAGAGAUUCGAGUGGAAGGAGCUCGCACCCAUGAAGACUGCACGAUCUUUAUGUGGCGCCACCGUGCAUAAGGGCAAAAUAUACGUGGCGGCGGGAGUCACCAACACCGGGCUGACGAACACCGUUGAGGUGUAUGACAUCGCAUCCAACAAGUGGUCAGAUCACACAGAGUUUCCACAGGAGCGCAGCUCUCUGAACCUGGUGUCUUUAGCUGGCUUGCUGUACGCUGUAGGAGGAUUUGCCAUGAUGCCUUUGGAGGACAGCGACGAGAUUGUUCCCAGAGAGAUGAACGACAUCUGGAGGUUUGACGAAAAAGAGCAUAAGUGGUAUGGGAUCCUCAGAGAGAUCCAGUACGCGUCGGGGGCCACCAUCCUGGGGGUCCGCCUCAACACCCUGCGGCUCACCAAGAUGUAAAGCCCGCUCCACCCAGUGCUUGAUGAGAGACUACAAGAAUCAAUUCAAUGUGUUUGGUGUUUGUUUUAUUUUACAGUUUAUCUCCAAUUUGUAAUUCUGGCUUAACAUCACAGACAUUUUUUUGACUGAGUAAAUUUUUGUAUACGUGUAUUACCGUUAUUUUUUUCCGGAAAAAAAGUGUGAACAAUCUGUAGCCUGUUAACAUUUUUGCACUAUAUAGAAUAAAACAUACUGACCACCCAAAUCCGCCCUGAUCCAUAAUCAUUGAAACCGUGUUGACAAGAGGUUGUGCAUCUCGCAACAGAUGGCAGUAAGGUCAUAAUGUAGGGAGGCGGCUUUAGAGAGCAUGACUAGAUCAUGAUACAAGUAAAAACAACUUCAGUUUCUCAUUGCAGGGACAAAAACACAUCACACAUCUCCAUUUGCAAUAAUAUAUCUAUAUUGUUUAAUAUUGAAAUGGUUUCAUUACGCUCUGCUGUGUUACAGACAGUAAACACUAGUCAAUAAUACAAUAAAAGACAGAAAAUACAGUCUAAUGUUAUUAGCACCUCUAGACACUAUCGUCCGUGUACGGUUUUUAGUAUUUUAAUAUAGCUGAACUUGACAACUACUGCCUACACAUGGUCUUUGUACACCAGAGUUAACUAAGACAUAGUGUUUACAUGAUAAAGUAUAGAAUCAGCAAAGAACAGUACACAUUAUGAUUUCUUUAACACAACUGCAGUAUGAGUAAGUAUGGGAAAUGACGAGGGUCUGUGGAUAAUACAUCUUUGAAUUGACUAUGGCAUUUGUGCCUACUGUUAUUAUCACAUACAGCAUAUCUUUGCCCAAAAAAGGGGAGAGUCAGCCUAAAACAAAUGUAUUAUUAUUAUUAUUAUUAUUAUUAUUAUUAUUAUUAUUAUUAUUAUUAUUAUUAUUAUUAUAGCUAACUAAACUUUCACAUGCAAAAUAACCAACAAUAUUUGUUUUUCCAAUUGUAUGUUCCAGAUUUUAUAGAGCCCAGAAACUGAAUGUAGUAAAAGAUUAUCAGAUAAGCCAAAAAGAAAAAUACAGGUGAAUAGAUUAAUCUAAAGGUGCAAUAUGUAAAAACUAUCCACCUGUUGUAUUCACACUCAAAACAAAUGAGAGGCAAUAUAUCACCAGAGUAAAUGCUAACUUCUGCCAGUCGUAGCUGCCAUUAGCUAGUUAGCUCAGAUAACCGUGCAGCUAGCAGCUCAGAGCACAGGAGCUUUGCACCAGGACAGGCCGGGGCAAGCUGGUUAGCAUGCUAGCUUCAGUAUCAACUAGAUAGCCUACAUAGACAUUAUAAUGUUUAACUGUUUUUCUUUCACAGUUUAUUGGUUAUUUUGAUUAUGUUUCAUGUUUUCAAAAUUAUUACAUAUUGCAUCUUUAAAGUUAAUGUACAGUAUCAUUUACUGUAGUCUGGAAUGGAGAUCUUAAUCCUCAAAUAAGUUGGUAAAAAAGCA